AUGUUUUUACUUGGAUUCGGACUGCGAUUCAAACAAUCUCGAGACACGUUUGAUUGGCCAAGAGUCGUGCUUGCUGUCGAUUUUGUCGCGUUCGUCUUUAGACUCGUUCACAUAUUCUCUGUUCAGAAAACACUUGGCCCUAAACUCAUUAUAAUUCUACGGAUGGUACAGGACCUGUUGUAUUUUUUGGUAAUUAUGGCUGUGAUUUUAUUGGCUUACGCCAUUGCCUCGCACUCCAUUCUCUAUCCCGGUGAUCCAAUUACUUGGGAAACUGCUAGACAAAUAAUUAGGAAGCCUUACUUGCAUCUUUAUGGAGAACUUUUUCUAGACGAGACUGAAGAUUCAACGGAUUGUACAAAUGACGCUAGCCUAUGGACGAAUGGAACAAGUCCACGCUGCCCAAGCGAGACCGGCAAGAUUGUGGUUCCCAUCAUGAUGGGAGUUUAUCUGCUGUUUUCCAAUAUCCUGCUCCUUAACCUUCUUAUUGCAAUGUUUAGUUACACAUUUACAAAAAUCCAUGAGCAAUCAGACAAGAUUUGGUGUUUCCAGAGAUACUUUAUUAUCAAGGAUUACGCGCUACGGCCUAUAUUAUGUCCUCCUUUAAACGUAUUGUGGCACAUAUACCAGCUUUUUCAAUGUUGUCGACAUAAAUGUAAAAGAUCUCAGGAAUCAGAUGAUCCUUUCCGCUUGAUCAUUUGUCUGGAUUGUUUCGAGGCUCUGAAUAAGAAAGUGGAUGAUUUGGAGACGAAGGAGGAUGAGUUUAGACGCCUGAUUCUGGCUCAGCUUAAUAGAAUGCAGGACAGUAUCGACAACCUGCAUAGGAAGAAGACGUUCAGAAGUUUCCCUUCCUGCAAUCGCAACUACAGGGUGCCGUCGUGCGUACACUUGUGGAUGAGCGCUAACAAACGCCACCUGAUCAUGUUUUACACCCGCUGCAACAGAGAAUUAGUCAAUGCAGGCAUCUAUGGAGCUACCAGUUCCGCUGACAGCGAACAUAAGGCGGAGGACAAAAAGGGAGCCGUAAUGUAA